AUGUCCGUUGGUGGCCCUUGUCUUUGGGUGCCGUCUUUGUCCUCGCCAGUCGCCUCGCAUCUGUCUGCUGUCACAUCCCACCUAUCCGCAGCAGCUCGUCACGGAGAACGGGUUUCUUCGACGCCACGGAUAGCCUCUCCGCUGUUAAUGCUACCUAGGGAUCGGCAGAUUACUUCUCAAAGUGCGUCGUCGUCAGCUGAAAUGCAACGGACUGGUGUUAUGGCUGGAAAUGCCUUGCCCACUCCGGUGUCAAAUCCAGGGAACACGGCGGCGUCUGGAUCGUAUCGUGAGGGAGAAAUCCCAUCGCGAGAAGCACUCAACCAAAGAAUGGGAGGUGGAAGAGAAGACAUGUUGCCCCGAAUGAAGCUGGAAAUUCCUGGUGGAGGUAGUACAAACUAUGCGAUGUCGCAGCCACAAGUUGAAUUCGGUCGCUCUGGCGAGUCGUCGAAUGUCUCUCAGUCGGCCCUCGAAGCAAAUGACGGCCACGAUAAGGAGUCGACGAUUAGCCCUUCUGAUGAGAAGGGUGAGAUGAUUGGAGAUGAUGAAAGUAACCGAUCGCCGUCGUUGGAGAAGAAAAAGAUGAAGAGAUUUCGGCUUACGCACAAUCAAACUCGAUUUUUGAUGAGCGAGUUUACUCGUCAAGCGCAUCCGGACGCUGCUCAUCGAGAGCGUUUGUCGAGGGAGAUUCCUGGCUUGACGCCACGCCAAGUUCAAGUGUGGUUUCAGAACAGGCGAGCGAAGCUCAAGCGUUUGACUACAAAUGACCGUGAAAGAAUGCUAAAAUCGCGUGCCCUGCCGGACGACUUCGAUACGACGAAAGUCUUGCGUACGCCGUUUGAAAGUAAAUCUACAGGCCCAACGCCCAUGGCAUCGCCACAUGAUUACGGGGCCCCGAACCCGGAUUUUGCGUCUCUCAGGGCGCUUCGCACCGAUUGCUUCCAGCGGCCAAAUGAAGACGACUACCUCGUCUCGCCCCUCAGCUCUGCGUCGACCGCAGGAACAUACAUGUCUUCUGCUGGACGGAGUGACGGGCUACCCAGCUCGGGGAUGAUGUUCGGUCGACCCGCAGCAUCUGCAUCCAUGUCCGAUCUGCAUAGAACGAUUCGAAACGACUAUUCAAUUACCCGGUCUAGCAGCUUGUCAGAUGCGUCUUCUCACCCUCCCUCCUUCCAUCAUAGCAUGCAAAUGCAUAAUCGUUUCGCCCCAUCCUCAAAUCCUUGUGGCCUGCCUUACAUGCGGCAACCACACUUGGACUAUGGGGUUCCUCGUCAUCCGGGUGGAAUGGUAGCACCAUACGAUCAACAGCAGCCAUUCGAGGGCUCCGUAUCCCCAACCGAUUCCCAUGGAGCGCCAAUGACAUAUGAAAUGAAUAUCAGUUGGUUCCCUCGACUUGCCUCGCACCUGCGCAAACCCCUUCUAACCAAGUAUCGAAAAUAG